GAGCUGCCGCCGCUGGUGCUGGCCUGGGAGCAGGAAGGGGGGCGGGAGUGCCGCCCCCACCUGCGGGGGCCGCUUUGGCUGCGGCGGUGGGCGCUCCGGCACGGCCGCUCGUGCUGGAAGGCGGUGCCGGGCAACUGGCGGGUUGCGCAGGAGUGGAGGGGGUACCACUACGGCGACGUGAUCACCCCCCCCGCGGGCUUCGCGGGCCUUGGAGUUCCUGCUCGAGGAGUCGUUCCCCUGGCUGAUGGGUCGGCGAUCUUCGUGGAGUGGGUCACGCUUGAGGACGAGGGGAGUUUCGCGGAUAGGGCUGUGGCUCCCGAUUGCCGCCUGCUGCCCGUUCGAGUCUACCGCACGGGGCGCCCUUUCCGCUCGCUGGAGAACAUCGUCGAGAGCUGCCGCCAGGAGUCCUUGCCCGACUUCAUCGCGCCCAGGACAGCCUUGUGGUGCCUCGAGCACUUGGCUGGCGAGGGCCGCUCCUUGGAGGCGCACUUCGAGCAUUUUAAGAAGCUGUGCGGCCUUCAGGAUUCGCGGUGGGGCAUGGAGGAGUAUGCCAACGUCGUCAGCUAUCUCAAGGCUCUCCUGCACCACGAUCAGGUGGACGCCUCGGACAUCUUGUCGGUCGAGAUGAUGUUUCGUCGCCUGCAGACGAUAGAGUACUGCUACAGCGACAAGCUGCGCGAGAGAUCGACUGGGUCCUCAGGCGGGAGGUUGACCGCGGACGAGCAGGCUGCCUUCGGCGCGACGGCCCGGGCGGAGACGCGGCUGAUUGUGCCGCCCGCGCUGCUGGAGAGCGCCGAGCAGGAGCUCGAACGGGGCGCCUCGCUGGCCAAGAGUCUGCUGAAGGCGCGUGAGGCCCGCGAGUCGUUGGGCAAGAAGCGUCCGGGCCAGCAGGGGCAGGGGUCUGGUGGGGAGGACGUCGGCACAACUGGGGAUGCUCGGAGCCCGUCGCGGCCUCCGGGGAAUUUUGACAGGAACGUCGGGCGGGACUUGUUGCCGUUCCCGACAGAGCCCCCCCCUCGGCAGAGCCACAUGCACCCAGGCUCUCGCGAGGGCGCGGGCAAAGAGCCGGGCGUCGGCGGCGUCGCGAUGCUGACGUUCUUCGGUGCUUGC